AUGGCUGAACACAACAUUGUCGUGCUGGCUGGCGACCACUGCGGUCCCGAGGUUAUCGCUGAGGGUAUCCGGAUCCUGAAGACUAUCGAGGAGAACAAGCCCAGCUGCUCCAUCGAUUCCACCGGCAGCCCCCUCACAGACGAGACCCUCGCCGCCGCCGACGCCGUCCUCCUCGGCUCCAUCGGCGGCCCGGAAUGGGGCACCGGCGCCGUCCGCCCCGACGCCGAGGUGGAGCGCGUUGCCCGUCUGGCUGGUUUCCUGGCCCGCGGCCGUGGCGACAAGAAGGUGUGGUCUCUGGACAAGGCUAACGUGCUGGCCACGAGCCGACUCUGGCGCAAGGUCAUGACCGAGACGUUUGAGAAGGAGUUCCCCGACCUCAAGGUCGAGCACCAGCUCAUUGACAGCGCGGCCAUGAUCAUGGUCAAGAACCCUACCGGUCUCAACGGUGUUGUUGUGACGAGCAACCUGUUUGGUGACAUUAUCAGAGACGAGGCCAGCGUCAUUCCCGAUAGCAUUGGUCUUCUGCCCAGUGCCAGCUUGAGCGGUAUUCCUGAUGGCAAGGGCAAGUGCAACGGUAUCUACGAGCCCAUCCACGGUUCUGCCCCUGAUAUCUCGGGCAAGGGCAUUGUCAACCCCAUCGGUACGCUCCUAUCCGUGGCUAUGCUUCUCCGAUACUCUCUCAACCUCCCCGAAGAGGCCAAGGCUGUCGAGGAGGCUGUGCGUGCUGCCCUGGAUGGUGGCCUCCGAACCAAGGACCUAGGUGGUAACGCCAACACCAAGGAGGUCGGUGAGGCUGUCGUCAAGGAGCUCACACGGAUCCUCAAGGCAUAG